UAAUUAGCAGAAUAAAGAUCCAUCGACUUUUUUCAUUGCGAGUUUCGCCCUCUUUUCCACCGCGAUCGCUGAAAUUUUUGCUCCUGGAAUGUCCUGCCUGUCCUAAUGCGAGUGUCGCCGGGCCCUGAGGACUCUUUGUAUGGGAUCUUUACGAGCUGAUCUGGAUUACACCAUUCUCUUUUUACAAACAGCAGACGGUGGAAAAUCGCCCCUGCCGGACUGGUUGCAAUGAAACGCUCAUGUAGCCAUCACUAUGGAAACCUGUGACUCCCCUACCAUCACUGGGCAAGAGGAUGGGUGCAGCGCAACCCAGCAUCAGGAAUGGACUGAAUCCAACCCCCAGGUCUCUGAUAAAGCUGGUUCAAUGGAGUCUGCACGAGAGAACUGCGUCCCGUGUGAGAACCUGAGGACAUCCUUCGACGAGUGCAGCUCAGAGACUGCUGCAGCGGCUGUUGUUUCACACCCCUCACUGUCCUCGAAGGAGGUCAGCUGCAACGAGUGCUCAUCCUCAUUCUCAAGUUUACAAAAGUACAUGGAACAUCAUUGCCCGAACUCCCAUCCUCAGCUCCUCCAGGAGGAAAGUGACAGUGAAAUGAGCGAGGCAGAGGAAAGCGAUGUGGAGAAUCUGACUGGGGAGAUUGUCUAUCAGGCAGAUGGCUCUGCCUACAUCGUAGAGAAUGUGAACCAGCUCAUGCAAAGUAUCCAGUCUGGAGGGUCCAGUGGCAGUAGUGUUCUCCCAGCUUUGUUCAUGAACUCUAUGUCCAAUGCUGGGAACAAGCAAGGGGAGUCCACCUCUGCAACAUCCGUCUCUGUCUACCCACAGAUCAUCAACACUUUUCACAUAGCCUCAUCUUUUGGGAAGUGGUUUGGUUCUGACCAGACAUUCCCAAAUACCUCAGCACUGACAGGCAUCAGUCCUGUCUUGCACACUUUCCGUGUUUUUGAUGUGCGACACAAAAGCAACAAGGAUUACCUGAACAGUGAUGGCUCUGCCAAAAACUCUUGUGUAUCCAAAGAUGUCCCAAACAAUGUGGACUUGUCUAAGUUUGACAGUUUCGUGCUCUAUGGCAAACGAAAGCCGAUUUUAAUGUGUUUUUUGUGCAAGUUGUCUUUUGGAUAUGUGAGGUCAUUUGUAACGCAUGCUGUGCAUGACCACCGAAUGACCCUUAGUGAAGAGGAGCACAAGCUCUUAAGUAAUAAGAACGUGUCUGCUAUCAUCCAAGGGAUAGGCAAAGACAAGGAACCUCUUAUAAGCUUUCUGGAACCAAAAAACAAAAACUUUCAACACCCUUUAGUUUCCACAGCUAACCUCAUUGGCCCUGGUCCGAACUUCUACGGUACUUUUAGUGGAAUCCAUGUUGAUGGUGAUGAGGCUGUCCAGGCUGGUCUGGCUUUAUUAAAAGACUCUGAAGGUAACACGAGUGCAGCUGAACAGCCUCAUUCAAUCCCUCUGGCACAAAGUGCUCUGUUGAACCUUGGAGGGCUGACAAGCUCGGCCCUAAAGACCCCAAUUACCUCAGUCCCUCUGGGCCACCUUGCUUCCGGGCCUACCAAAAUGCCAGAGAGCAAGGACUUGGGGAUGGAAAUUGAGAAGAAAAAAGCCAGUGGAGAGUUUAGCGCUGACAGUAGCCUCAUAGAAAAGGCGGACUCUGCUGAGCAAGCAGAGGAAGAUGAGGAGUGCAAGGAACUGUUCACAAAUGAGUCGGAUGAGGAUGAUGAUGAGCCCCAGGAAGACCCUGAGGCUGAUGCAUGUAGCAGCAAGGAACUCGCUCUCUCAAACCAAAGCAUUUCUAAAUCUCCUUUAAUGCCUAAUGUGCUAAACCCUUCUCCAAGGGGCACCUCUUCUUCUUCUACUUCUUCCUUUGUUGUUUUCGAUGGUGCAAACGGGAGGAAUGCAGUGAGCUUGUCAAACGACAGUGCAAGUGGUGACAGCAGUGUCGGUAAUACUGAGAGUAGUAGGACGGACUUUGUAGAUGAAAGUGCCAAUAAAGACAGUGCCACAGCUCCUGAACCAAAUGAACCUGUCGAUGGCGAGGAAGGAAACUAUACCUCCCAUCACCAGCAUGCCAGCACUCCCUGCGACCUGGGGGGUGGGGAAUGCUCAUCCGGAAGCAGCGUUGAGUGUCCGAAGUGCGACACGGUCCUGGGCUCCUCCCGUUCCCUCGGUGGGCACAUGACCAUGAUGCAUUCUCGGAACUCAUGCAAGACCUUGAAGUGUCCAAAGUGUAACUGGCACUACAAGUACCAGCAGACGCUGGAGGCCCACAUGAAGGAAAAGCACCCAGAAUCCGGUGGCUCAUGUGUGUAUUGCAAAUCUGGGCAACCUCACCCUCGGUUGGCCCGGGGCGAGAGCUAUACAUGUGGUUACAAGCCUUUCCGAUGUGAGGUGUGUAACUAUUCCACUACAACCAAAGGCAAUCUCAGUAUUCAUAUGCAGUCCGACAAGCAUCUCAAUAACAUGCAGAACCUACAGAAUGGCGGGGGCGACCAAGUUUUUAGCCACACUGCUGGAACAGCUGUGGCGGCUGCAGCCGUUGCCGCGGCAGCGGCCGCCAGUAUGAGCACCUGCGGGGCCUCCUCGCCCACCAAACCAAAAACCAAACCCACUUGGCGGUGCGAGGUGUGCGACUACGAGACGAAUGUAGCCAGGAACCUGCGCAUUCACAUGACCAGUGAGAAGCACAUGCACAACAUGAUGCUGCUCCAGCAGAACAUGAACCAGAUUCAGCACAACAGACACUUAGGCCUCAGUAACCUGGCACCUGCAGAGGCCGAGCUUUACCAGUACUACCUGGCCCAGAAUAUGAAUCUCCCCGGCCUGAAGCUGGAAAACACAACUGACACACAGUUUAUGCUGGGCGGAUUCCAACUGGACCCCUCAAACCCAGUAUCAGCACUUGCACCUGCACUAGUUGGUGGUGAGAUUCCUCUUGACAUGCGACUGGGAGGUGGGCAGCUGGUGUCAGAAGAACUCAUGAACCUUGGCGAAACGUUUACGACCACGAAUGACCCUUCUUUGAAGCUUUUUCAGUGUGCGGUCUGCAACCGAUUCACUACGGACAACCUGGAGACACUCAGCCUGCACAUGAACAUUGAGCGCCACCUACCCGAGGAGGAAUGGAAAGCAGUCAUUGGUGACUCCUACCAGUGUAAGCUCUGCCGCUAUAACACCCAGCUCAAGGCCAACUUCCAGUUGCACUGUAAGACAGAUAAGCACGUGCAAAAAUACCAGCUCGUAGCACACAUCAAGGAAGGGGGCAAGGCCAACGAGUGGCGACUGAAAUGUGUGGCAAUUGGGAAUCCAGUGCACUUGAAAUGCAACGCAUGCGACUACUACACCAACAGCAUUGAAAAGCUGCGAUUGCACACUGUCAACUCAAGGCAUGAGGCCAGCUUGAAACUAUAUAAGCACUUGCAGCAACAUGACAGCACGGUGGAGGCUGAGGCAUGUUACUACCAUUGUUCACUGUGUAACUACUCUACCAAGGCAAAACUUAACCUGAUUCAGCACGUUCGAUCCAUGAAACACCAACGAAGUGAGAGCCUGCGCAAAUUACAGCGGCUACAGAAGGGUUUGCCAGAGGAUGAUGAUGACCUUGGGCAAAUCUUCACCAUUCGCAAGUGUCCCGCUGCUGAGACUGAAGAAAGCAAUGAAGAUGUGGAGGGUGCUAAUGAGUCCGUGCAGGAAGCAGAAGAUUCUACCAAAGACAAAGACAGUGUGGGCGAGAAGGAACCCAUCAAAGAAACAGUACCUAUAGGAGACAAAGAACAACAGGACUCAGCAAAUGCAAAACGACCAUCGCUGCCAGGAAGCAUGGAGUUGCCUCUUUCUUCGAAAAGGCCACGGACAUCGGAAGAAACAAACACAGAGCAGAUGUACCAAUGUCCAUACUGCAAGUACAGCAAUACUGACGUAAACCGCAUCAGGAUGCAUGUAUUAUCUCAACAUUCCGUGCAGCCCAUGCUGCGCUGCCCUCUCUGUCAGGACAUGUUGAACAACAAGAUCCACCUACAGUUACACCUGACUCACUUGCACAGUGUGGCACCUGACUGUGUUGAAAAACUCAUUGUGGCAGUAACCACACCAGAGAUGAUGAUGCCAAGCACCAUGUUUCUUCCUACAACUGUUCCAGAGAGAGAAAGCCAUGCAGUGACUGCAACAAGUUCCAAUGCAGAGGACUCCACAAAACUACAAGAAACAUCAGAUCCACCAGAAAAGAGCAGUGUACCUUCGGAAAAUACAGAGCGUAGCAUGGAACCAAAGUCUUCUAUUGACCAGAAUUUAGUGAAGGAUGAUGCUGGGUUCCUGUGUUGGAAGAAAGGAUGUAACCAGUUGUUUAAGACUUCCACUGCACUUCAGGCCCAUUUCAAUGAGAUUCACGCAAAAAGGCCCCAACUACCUGUAUCAGAUCGUCAUGUCUACAAAUACCGCUGUAAUCAGUGUAGCCUAGCCUUCAAGACCAUUGAGAAACUGCAACUGCACUCUCAGUAUCAUGUAAUUAGAGCUGCCACUAUGUGCAGUUUGUGCCAGCGCAGCUUCCGUACUUUUCAAGCCUUGAAAAAGCACCUUGAGACAAGCCACCUGGAACUGAGUGAAAGUGACAUCCAGCAACUUUAUAGUGGACUUGCAAUCAAUGGUGAUGUUAUGGCCCUGGGUGAUGCAUCUCUGAGUGAAGAUCCAACUCUUGGAGCAGAUGAAGAUAAAGAUGAGGAAAGUGAUUCAGAUGAGAAGCAGAGCCCCGUUGGAAGUGACUCUGGAUCUGUUCAAGAAGAUUCUGGCUCUGAGCCAAAACGGGCCCUGCCAUUUAGGAAAGGUCCUAAUUUCACAAUGGAGAAAUUCUUGGAUCCCUCUCGUCCCUAUAAGUGCACAGUCUGUAAGGAGUCAUUUACACAAAAGAACAUCUUGCUUGUCCAUUAUAAUUCUGUGUCUCACCUGCACAAGCUGAAAAGGGCACUUCAGGAAUCUGCUACUGGUCAAUCUGAACCAACAAGCAGCCCAGAUAACAAACCUUUCAAGUGUAAUACAUGUAAUGUGGCCUACAGCCAAAGCUCAACCCUAGAGAUCCAUAUGAGAUCAGUGUUACACCAGACCAAAGCACGAGCAGCAAAGUUAGAAGCUGCUAGUAGCAGUGGAGGUGCUGGUGGCACCAUUAGUAGCAGUAAUGCCACUUUAGGAUUGUCAACAUCUAGUCCAAGCCCAAGUGGUAAUAGCAAUGGUAAUGCUGAUGCUAGCUUAAGUGGCAGUGGAUGUGGGGUUACAUAUAGUGCUACCUGUAGCUUGGGUUUAAUGAGUGGAAGCCAGAUCAUUGCUGAUUCCAUUGGAACAUCCACAGUUAGCAACUCUGUUGCAACGAGCAUUCCCACAUCGUUAGAACAGAAAGAUGCCAGCAAGAGAAAAAUAGUUGAUAUGAUCACUUCUCGACAACCGCAGCAGCAGCAGCAGCAGCAGCAGCAGGUGCAGACAUUGGCUCAUGUUCAAGCCCAGGCCCAGGCCCAAGCUCAGGCUCAGGCCCAAGUCCAGGCUCAGCUACAACAAGAACUUCAGCAAGCCGCUCUCUUCCAGCCCCAGCUCUUCAAUCCAGCCUUACUCCCCCAUUUCCCCAUGACCACUGAGGCUCUACUGCAGCUCCAGCAACAGCAGCUAUUAUUCCCUUUCUAUAUUCCUGGAACAGAGUUCCAGCUGAACCCAGAAAUCAACGUACCAGCGAGCAGUGCUACAUUAACAAUACCGGGGACAAAUACUUCACUUGAAGAUGUGAAACCCCACAGUCAAAACCUACAGCACCAAAUGGUUCAGCCACAAGGGCAGCACUCUUCUCUAACACAGCAACAUACUAGUUUACUCCAACAAAGCCAACAGCUGGACAAGAAGCCAAAAGCAGUUCUAAAAGACAAAGACAAGGAUGGGCAGAAAGACAAAGAAAGUUACGAGAAAUCUGAUGAAGGGUUGAUGUCAAAGGAAAUUUCCAUCGAGGCACAGAAAUCCAAAGAAAGGAAAGACCAAACAGCAUAUAGUGGUAGUGAAUCUUCUCUGCUCCCUCCUCGAAUUCCCUCUGAUGCUCGGGGUAAUGCCACCAAAGCCUUGCUUGAAAAUUUUGGGUUUGAACUUGUCAUUCAGUACAAUGAAAAUAAACAAAAGGUUCAGAAGAAAAGUAAAAACGGCUUGAGUGAUAAUUUGGAUAAGUUGGAGUGUGAUACAUGUGGGAAAUUAUUCUCUAAUAUAUUAAUCCUGAAGAGCCAUCAAGAGCAUGUGCAUCAGCAGUUUUUGCCAUUCGAGGAGCUUGAGCAGUUUGCCAAACAGUACAGAGACAACUAUGAUAAACUGUAUCCCCUGAGGCCACAAACACCGGAACCCCCUCCUCCACCUCCACCCCCUCCCCCGCCACCACCCCCACCCCCUCCGCCUGCACCACCUCAGUCAUCUCCUGCUCAGAAUCUUACAUCGACUGCGCCACCUCACACACCGCCUGCUAUUUCAACAUCACAACCUUCUGUCUCAAUUUCUCAACUCUCUAUGCCAAUGGACUUGCCUAUUUUUUCACCUCUUCUGAUGCAGUCAAUGCCUUUACAGUCUUUACCCCCUCAGAUACCCUCCCAGCUAACACCGGUGGACCCAAAACCUGCAGACCUGGCUCAGCUUUAUCAGCAGCAGCUCAACCCGAGCCUACUUCAGCAACAGCAAAACAAACGGCCACGGACACGCAUCACUGAUGAACAGCUCAAAAUCCUCAGAGGGUACUUUGAUAUAAAUAAUUCACCAAAUGAAGACCAAAUCAAAGAAAUGUCUGACAAGUCAGGGUUGCCACAGAAAGUAAUAAAGCACUGGUUCCGAAAUACAUUGUUUAAAGAACGACAGCGCAACAAAGACUCCCCAUACAAUUUCAACAAUCCUCCUGUUACAUCACUUGAAGACCUUAAGGCAGAUUCGAAGCCUCCCUCUCCAGAACCUGCAAGGGCUGAGUAUUACAGAAGCAAUCGAUCAACCAGGACAAGAUUUACUGACUAUCAGCUGCGUGUCUUGCAGGAUUUCUUUGAUGCGAACGCUUAUCCAAAAGAUGACGAAUUUGAGCAGCUUUCUAAUUUGCUGAACCUUCCGACCCGUGUGAUUGUUGUCUGGUUUCAAAAUGCACGACAGAAGGCACGCAAGAAUUAUGAAAACCAAGGUGAAGGAAAGGAAGGUGAACGCCGUGAGCUGUCAAAUGAUCGUUACAUCCGCACGAGUAAUUUGAAUUACCAAUGUAAGAAAUGCAGUUUGGUAUUUCAGCGUAUCUUUGACCUCAUUAAACACCAAAAAAAACUGUGCUAUAAAGAUGAAGAUGAUGAUGGUCAGUAUGACAGUCAGACAGAGGACUCCAUGGAUGCAUCUGAGAUGUCAGGGCCCUCUGCUUCAUCUUGCAGCACUCCUAUGACCUCAGCUGUCUGUGGUUCAUCUUCAGUGGCAACAGCAAGUGUAAUGUCUGGAAAUAUGCCUUGCACCUCAAGCGAGAAAGAGGAAGGCCCCUGUAACCCAGAAUUACCUGAUGAGAAGCCAAAGCAGCCUGAAUCUCCUGAUACACAGCAGCAGCAUUCACAAGAGAAGCUGUUACAACCAAAACCUGAGGCACAGCAGCAGCAACCAGAUCAGAAAACGCAGGUAACACAGCAGAAGGCUCCACAGCUCUCAUCCCCUCCACAGUCACAGCAGCAGUGCUCUGUACCCCAAGCCGUCCCUAGCCCAUCUCAGCUUCCUCAUGUUUCUUUAAAUCCACUUCACACUUCAACACCACAACAGCUUGGAAGCCUACCUCCACAGAUGAUUCAUUACCAGUGUGAUCAGUGCAAACUGGCAUUUCCUACCUUCGACCUUUGGCAGGAGCAUCAACAGCUUCAUUUUCUAUCUGCACAAAAUCAAUUUGUGCAUCCCCAGUUCUUAGAUCGCCCAAUAGAAAUGCCCUUCAUGCUUUUUGACCCCACUAACCCUCUGCUAGCCAGUCAGAUACUUUCUGGAACUCUACCUCAGAUCCCAGCAAGCUCUGCUUCUUCACCUUCUACACCAAAUUCCGCUAUGAACACACUAAAAAGAAAACUGGAAGAAAAAGCGAGCGUUAGCCCUGGAGAUAAUGAUAGUGGAAACAAUGGCGACGAACCUCAGAGAGAUAAGCGUUUAAGGACAACUAUCACCCCGGAACAGUUGGAAAUCCUCUAUCAGAAGUACCUACUGGAUUCAAAUCCAACCCGGAAAAUGUUGGACCACAUUGCACAUGAAGUCGGCCUCAAAAAACGUGUUGUUCAAGUUUGGUUCCAGAAUACCCGUGCUAGGGAGAGAAAAGGUCAAUUUAGGGCUGUUGGUCCUGCACAAGCUCAUAGGCGCUGUCCAUUCUGCAGAGCCCUUUUUAAAGCUAAGACAGCACUAGAAGCCCACAUCCGAUCACGCCACUGGCAUGAAGCUAAACGUGCUGGGUACAGCUUGAUCAUGUCCUCUGUUUUGUCAAGUGAUACUGAUGGAGGAAAUCUAUUAAAGGUAGAUUCAACAGAUUGCACCAGUUUUGCCCAGCUUUCAUCAAUAAACAGUGACAGUCAGUCUGCUACUCUUUCACCGGUGAACAAAAGUGGAGAAUUUUCACCCAAAGCUCUUCUCAGUCCAUCAUCUAUCAAAAUGGAGGGACUUGAAGACUUUGAUGGUCCUACAAUUUCUUCAGUGAACUUGGGAUAUGACCAAACUAGGCUUGAUAAUGAUGAUUGUUCCUCAGUCAACACAGCAAUUACUGACACUACAACUGGAGAUGAGGCAAAUGCAGACAAUGACAGUGCAACAGGAAUGUUAGCUGAUUCAAAACCAAUCCUUUAUCAAGCAGAGGGUCUUCAGAAGAUUGUGCAAUCAACAAUACAAGAUAAUGAAGACAGGAUAUCAUCUGGCUUAGUCAGUCCAUCACCUAGUUAUUACGCUAAGGAGUUGGAAAAUGAUUGUACUGUUGAUUACAGUGAAACGUCAAGCCUUGCUGAUCCCUCUUCACCUUGCCCUGGUGGAAGCAAUACAUUGUCAAGGCCCAUAGACAAUGAACGUCCAGGCCAAAAACGCUUCCGCACUCAGAUGACGAAUCUCCAAUUAAAGCUGCUGAAAUCUUGCUUUAAUGAUUAUCGAACGCCAACCAUGUUGGAAUGUGAGGUUUUGGGAAAUGAAAUAGGGUUGCCAAAACGAGUUGUUCAAGUUUGGUUCCAGAAUGCUAGGGCAAAGGAGAAGAAAUCUAAGCUGAACAUGGCAAAACACUUUGGUAUCAAUCAGACUACUUAUGAAGGACCCAAAUCAGAGUGCACUUUGUGUGGCAUCAAGUAUAGUGCCCGGCUAUCUGUGCGAGACCACAUUUUCUCCCAGCAACAUAUCUCCAAAGUGAAGGAGACUAUUGGAAGUCAGCUAGAUAAAGAAGUUGAAUACAUUGACCCGGCUACAGUCCGUCGGCUCAUGGCACAACAAGAACUAGACCGUAUUAAGAAAGCUAAUGAGGUUCUUGGUUUAACAUCACAGCAGCAAACACUUCAGCAGCAAGGCUUGUUUGAAAAUCCACCAGUACAAGCUCUUAAUCUUCCUACUGCCUACCCAACAUUGCCAGGGAUUUCACCUGUAUUACUGCCAGGUGUGGGCAGUCCUUCAUCUUUACCUGGCUUUACUUCAUCUAACACAGCUUUAACUUCUCCCAAACCUAACCUUUUGGGCAUUCCUGGUUCAACUGUACCCUCCCCUGGCCUUCCGACUACUGGACUGCCAAGCAAGCAACCUCCUUCAUUGACAUCGCAGGCCCCAACACAGGCUACCACAACAAUCCCACGUCCAGCAUCAGCUACCCAGCAACAGCAACCCGAACAACGUAAAAGCAAAGAAAACGAGAGGGCAAAAGAAAAGGAAAAAGAUAAAACGGAUCCUAUGCCCACGGCAAACAAGGAGAAAAACGAUAACAGUGCUGGCACAUCUGUACCUCUUCCGGGCAUGGAGUAUGUGGUUGAUCCAGCCCAGCUUCAGGCUCUACAAACUGCACUGGCUUCUGAUCCAACUGCCCUGCUCACCAGCCAGUUUCUGCCCUACUUUGUGCCAGGCUUUUCUCCAUACUAUGCCCCACAAAUUCCCGGAGCCCUUCAAGGAGGAUACCUUCAGCCAAUGUACGGGAUGGAGGGUCUCUUUCCUUACAACCCAGCUUUAUCCCAAGCUCUAAUGGGGCUGUCACCAGGGUCUUUGCUGCAGCAAUAUCAGCAAUAUCAGCAAAGUCUACAAGAUGCCCUCCAGCAGCAACAGAGGCAGUUGCAGCAGCAGCAGCAACAACAACAGCAGCAGCUGCAACAACAAUUACAGCAACAGCUACAGCAGCAGCAGCAGCAGCAACAGCCAAAGCAGCAGCCUAAACCAAGCCAAGUCCCCGGCCCACAACUAACAGCUUCCCCAGAUAAAGAAUCCGCCAAAGAAUCUCCUAAAACAGAAGAGCAAGCCAGUGCUCCCAGAGAAACAUCCCUUUCCAAACCAGAAGAACGGCAACAAACAGAAAGCAAAAGUACGGACUCGCUUGACCUGUUCAUUGUUCCAAAGGUGCAGUACAAGUUGGUCUGUCGCAAGUGUCAGAUGGUCUUCACUGAUGAAGAGACAGCCAUGAGCCACCUGCAGUCAAUAUGUUUCUUUGGUCAGUCUGUGAUAAAUCUGCAAGAGACGGUGCUUCGUGUCCCGACCAGCACCUACCACUGCCUGGCCUGUGAUACUACACUGAGCGGGGAUGAAGCUCUAAGUCAACAUCUCGAGUCAACCUUGCACAAACACAGAACAAUCAAACGAGCAGCAAGAUACGCCAAAGAGCACGCUAGUUUAUUACCUCACUCAGCCUGCUUCCCCGAUCCUAACACCGCAUCUACCUCGCAGUCUGCCACUCACUCUAACGACAGCCCCUCCUCCAGCCUGUCCCCCCAUGCCUCCAUAAAAUCUUGGCCUAACAUUCUUUCCCGAGCCUCAGUCAGGAAGCCCUCUUCUUUACCUUCUCUCUCCUCAUCUUCAACAGUUACCUCAAGUUCAUGCAGCACCUCAGGGGUUCAGACCUCUAUACCAACAGACGGCUAUUCAGAUGAGUCUGACAGUGAGCUCAGCCAGAAGUCAGAUGGCCUGGAUUGUCCGCUGGAGGGUCCAAAUGACCCCAGCUGCCGCAGAGACAGUAGUCUGACUAGUGUAGGAAUGGACACCUUCAGAUUGUAAGCUUGAAGAUGGACAAUAUGAUUAAUAAAGAAAAACAAACCAAUUUCAAAAAAGACUAACUGCAAUUCCAAAGCUUCUAACCAAAAAAAUAAAAUCUUUCAGGAUUGUUGUCUCAUAUUGAUAUGCUGGCAACAUCUAAACCUGUUACACUGGUUGCUAGAAGGUACUAUGGUUAGCUGAGCAAUGACAGAAACCAGAAAGCAAUGAACUGCCUCAAUUUAAUUACAGUGGUCUUUGAACCUGAAACCCCUUAUUUCCCCAGUGCAAACAUGCCCUAAGUUGAUAGCACAGCAGAUGUCAGCAUGUACCUUAUGGGAUGACAAUCCACCAUUUACAGUUUAGAUUUCUUGCUAUGUAAGCAUUCGGAUACCAAUGGCUAGCUAAAAUGUAAUGUCUUGUAUUCUCAGGUCAAUAGCUCACACCUUGUUCUGUUUUCAGAAUCAUACUUUACUUUUGUUCGUUUGUUUAUCCUGUUUUUUAUUUUUUUUGUUCCAGAAGAAGAUUUUUUUUCAAAUGGGCAGAAAGUAUUCAAAAGAGUUAAAAUAUUAAACACAUCUUACUGGGGAUUUACAAAGAAUAGCUCUUCUGCUGUAUAAUCUGAGGGAUAAUUAAGCACUCCCAUUGCCACCAAAACACAAGAGUGUUGAGGACUUGUAGCUGAGAUAACAACGAAUUUAAAAGAAAAACUAACUUUCUGUAUUUAUGAUAGAUAUGAACAUUUUGGUGUUGAGUAGUUUGUUGCAUUGGAAAUGACCUAAACAGUAUGGUAGAUUGAAAACCUUUGUGUACAUUAGCUUUUGUAUUGUCCAACAGAAAGCUCUUCAUUUUGAUGUUGUCUUGUUCAUUCCUAUAGGGUAGAUUGAAUCAAGUUACUGGUCUAUGCUUUUCUGUCGUAUUCCUUCCUUUCCCACCUUCCCCUUCCAACCUUGAAACCUUCCUUAAUGCUCACCUUCCUCUUUGAAGGUGGUUUGCUCUAGUUUUAUAGAAGGAAGAAAAAAAAGUAAAUUUAAAAGAUUUUUUGUGGAUAGGGUCCUUUUCAAUUUUUUUGUGAACCUUUAAGGAACAUAAUGAUUAUUUACCUGUGUCUGUAACCUUUGUGCACUUACCUCUCUGCUUUUGUAGAUGCUAUGGAAACUUUUCCUAUGAAGCAGACAUUUGUUUUUUGUGUAGUGUGGCGGCAG